AUGUCAGAAUCUUCUAGACCAUACACGCAGUUUAGAAUCAUGGUGGGCUCGUACGAGCACAACUUGUUGUGCUUGUCGCUUGUGUUGAAAGGCACAAACGAGCCGGUCUUCACUCCAAUUUUCCAUUUCCAAGCUCACGCAUUGUCCAUCAAAUCGAUAGAUAUCGCUAAGCGUUACUUGGUCACUGGAUCCAACGAUGAACACAUUCGUAUCUACGACUUGCAAAAAAGGAAAGAACUUGGAACUUUGUUAAGUCAUCAGGGCACAGUGACUACGUUACGCUUCUCCAAGGAAUCGGGCGAGCACCAAGAAGCACACAAGUCCGGUAAAUGGCUUUUAUCGGGCUCUGAAGAUGGUCAUAUCAUCAUCUGGAGGACAAAGGACUGGGAGUUGUUUGGCACUUUGAAGGGGCAUCAGGGCCGUAUCAACGAUUUGGAUAUUCAUCCUACAGGCAGAGUGGCCAUCUCUGUUUCCACUGACAACACCAUCCGCUUGUGGAACUUGAUGACUGCUCGUAAAGCUGCUGUUCUUAAAAUUAAGGGGAGAGACCAUUUAGGUCAAUCUGGUGAGUUUGUCAGAUGGACGAGCUCAGGAAAGAAUUUCGUUGUUGGCUUAUUGAAACAGCUCUUCAUUUACGAGCUUGGAGACCAAGCCCAAAUAUGCAAGAAGAUCCAAUUCACCACAACUUUGAUGUGUCUUGAACUCUUGACUAUUGCUGGAACUGAAUACAUUGUUACAGGUCAUAGUGAUGGAUCGAUUCAGUUCUUGGAACUUGAAAAAGCAUUGAAAGAGGACAAGCCUGAACCACAAUUUGUCUUGAGGGGGCAUUCGAACCGUGUGAAAGGAAUUUCGUUCUUCUGCAGCGAGGAAACAAGUGAUAUUCCGUACUUGGUUUCUGUUUCGUCAGAUGGUAAGAUCGUUGUGUGGGAUGUUUCUGAGAAGGUCAGAGAUCAGGUUGCCGUUUACGAUAGUGGCGAGAGAUUGAAUUGUGUUUCUGUCUGUGGUGAGUCUGUUGAGAAGGCUGACACAAUGAAGCGCAGAUUCAAUGAAGAAGAGGAAAAGGCUGUGAGCGAGUCCGAGUACGAGACUGAUGGAGAGGAAGUUAGAAAGGUGUUGAUGAAGCCUUCCAAGAAGAGAAAAAGAAAGGGUAAGGACAGCAAUAAAGUCAGUGUGACUCUCGAAUAA